AAUUUCUAUCAUCGUAAAUACAAACGAAAAUAUCAACUAGUUUGUUUAUAACUUCGGCGAUCGACUGCCUUUCUUCCAUAGGGUAGAUCACGGUGACUUAUAUGAAAGAUUUUGGCUCGGUGUAAGGCUCAAUGUCAAGAAGAUUUCGCCCUGCAUCGCUGGGUUCCCAGAGCGGGAUUUACAGCGUUCGUGGAUCUGAAUUGGCGCGGAGCGGAAACACAACUCCUAACAAAAUUCGAUGCGUCGUGGAGCUUUUAGAUGAUUCGGAGUUUGUCAUUGAUAUUGAUGUGAGUAGACAUAUUUUGUCAUUUUGUAUUUGUAAAUUUGAUUGAGUUUCGUGUGAGUAUAGAGCAAGGCGUUUUUGAAUUUGUCGAGCUUCGCAUAGUUCUUUUGAAAUAGCACUCGACAACUUAGUUAUCCCGUGGAGAGAAGGAAUAUGUCCGUUGUUUAAUCGUAAUCCGUGCGUGUUCAAGGUAAAUUUACGACUCUUUCGAGCUGAGUUGCACACUAGGUUGAGCCUUUGUUUUGAAAAUUAUAUGCUUAAUUUCAGUCAUGAUUCUUAAUUAUAGUUAAUCAAUCUCCAUUUGGGAAGAACAAUUUUGAACCCAGUGUGCAUUUUAAAUAGUAUUUUUAUCGCUCUCGAAAAAUCGGCUUGCUGGUAUUUUUGGAUUGUCUUUAAUUAACUCGCGACCAUUGUACCAUUUUCUAGCUUCGCAAAUUGGUUUUGGUUUAGUAAUCGCUCCAUGUGCACUUUGAAUAGUUUGUGAUUUUUGUGAUGACAUUCUGGGGAAAAACCACGAAGGCAAUCUUCAAUGAUCAGACAUCGUAUGAAAUUAAGGCGAUUCUGAUCGAGUUAAAUGUGUUUAAAAAAUAAACACCAAAAUUAGCGAAAAUAUAUGAAGCCAUUGGAAAACAUCUAACUUUAAAUUACGUUUUGAUGAGCUUCAAAACUCCGGCGGUGUAUUUUAGUUUUGCAUUAUCUUUUCAAAAAUCUCGAAAAAUGAAAGAAGCCGGAGAAUGUAUGCGACAGUUACAAAUUACGCAUAUUUUCACACCUUGGUGUUUUCCUUUAGUAAAAAAUUUACAGUGUGAAGAAGCAGAACUCCCAUUUUAGAGUUUUGAAUUGAAUCUCUGUUUUCUUCUUUCGAACUUUAUUUGCAUUUCUUCAAUAUUUUCCUGGUCUAUUUUUGAACACAAUUCAGCUGAAAACUGUCGAGAGCAAUAAAUCGUCUUACUAGUAUCAUGUUACAAGCACAUUUUAUAGUUUGAUCGUGUUAUACAAAUUUUAAGCUCUUUUUUAGUAUAUAUCUAUUGCAUUACACAUAAAAUAAUGAAAAAUAUACCUUAAUUCAAUGAAAGCAGUUUUCCAUUGACACUGUUUUAUAUGUGAUAUAUGUUGAUGAGAAAAAAAUCCUACCAAUUAUAAAUAUUUAAAAUCUUCAAAAGGAUUUACAAUUCUAUUUGAUGGAUUCUACAUUACGUGAAUGGAAUUUGAAUAGGUCUGAGUCAUCAUUUUGCUGUUACUGCUUCCUAGGUAUUGUUUUAUUUUUAUGUAAAUGAAAGAAAGUUAUUAACUUAUUUUCAGUUAUGCAUGAUGAUGUAAUUUUGAACUUUUUAUAAACAUCAUUAUCAUUUUUCUUUCUUUUACUUUCAGAAGGUAUUGUCUGUGUGCUAGGACAGUAUCAUCACCUAGAUUUUUAAAACAAUAUGAUAUUUUUCAUAAAAUUUGAAGUUGUCUCAAGAACAUCAGGAAGAUUAAUUUGGUCAUUUAAAAAUAAGAUAUUUUCUGGAACUUGUCUUUGUUCUAGUGAGUUAAAUAUACAGCAUAAAUCAGUAAUGUAAAUUUUCUGUUGAUAUCCUCAUACAUGUGAGUAGAAUUUCUGAGUGGCAAUUUCUUACAGCAAGUUUUUAAAUUAAAACUACAAGUUUCUGUAGAGGUCGUAGGGGGGUCUUGCAUUCAUUAAUAUUUAUGUAGCAAAUGUCUUAAAGCUGAUUACCUGUGAAACUUGUGACUUAGCAGUAGUUUGGAUAUUCUUAACUAUUCAAAGAUACUCAUUCUUUUUUUCCUUUACUUUAAUUUUAAACUUCUGAUCUCCUUCGACUUCAACACUAUUAACAAAUUCUAUUUUUAGUAUUACCAUUUAUGAAAUAUAGAUAAAUCUUUGAUUAGCCAACAUUCUGAUGAAAUCUUUUUGAUAUUUUUAGCAUCAUAGUAUCGCAGAUUUGAAGCUAUAAAUGUUUGUGAUUUGCACAUCUAAAAAAAUAUAUGUGAUAAUUUAGUAAUGUGGUUUUUACAGAUGUUAUUAACUUCUAGGUAAUUUGUUAAUCUGUUAACCACAGACUUCAGAUUGAUGUUUCAUCAAGAUGAGUUUUCUUUUGACAUUCCAGAAAUGCUUGCAUUUUUGUGAUACAUGUAGCUUUAAAACUUGCAAAUAUUUACUGUCUUUGCUUUAUUUAGAAACAUUCCAGGGGUGAAACUUUGCUAGAAGCUGUUCACAAGCAUCUUGACUUGUUGGAAAAACAUUUCUUUGGUCUUCAAUAUGUUGCUGAUUCUCCCGACAACUUGGUAGGUACCCUCCAAUAUUUUUUCUGCAAAAUUUACUUCAUAGUUUCUUUUGCAAACAGUGAAACCUGUAUCAAAUGUAACCCUUCAUUAACAAUUUCACUCCCAAGAUCCCGUAAGUAAUUAUCCUUAAUGUCUGCCAUCCAAUUCUUAUAAUAUCAGUUUUAUUUGUGACUUUUCCAUUGACCAUCACAUCUCCUGUUUCAUUUAAUAGCAAUGGCUUAAUUCUGACAAACAAAUCAGAAAACAACUGAAACGUAAGUAACAAUAUUGUAACAAUGUACAUUAAAAAUAUUUGGGUCUUCAUUACUAUAUUAGGGGAGUUGUUUCAUUUUGAGGUCUUGUCACAUAGGAACUUUUAUAAGAGGUGGAUAAAAAGUGCAGUUAAAAUAAUUGAAUAAUUUGUUCAUGUGCCAGGAUUCUAACAAUCACCUUCUAACUGAAGUGUAUCAAGUGGAUGAAGGCAUGUUUAUGUAAGGGUGGCAUUUUCAUUCCCACAUCCCCCAGCUAGGUUGCCAGUAUUUACCAUGAGAAUGGUGCUGUUCUAGGACCUGAAUAUAAACCCUUUACAUCCUAACAUUAACAUUCACAUUCUCUAUACUCUUAUCAUCACAAUUCCUCUUCUAAUGACAUGGAGAAUUUAUUUGAUAAUCAGGAGCUCCUUAAAUUGGUGAUCAUUUUGCUCUUUUAAUUUUUACUUCACAGGUGGUCCCCCCUACAUAUUUUAUUUUAGAGUGAGAUUUUUUGCUUCAGAUCCUUCCAAACUUUCUGAGGAUGUAACAAGGUAUGAAAUUUUAUAAAUUAUUUGCUAUAAACUUGAUGCAAUAUCAACAAUUACAACCUUGUUCUUCCUAUUACUGUCACAAUUGAAAUACUUUGAGUGGUUAAUCGUUAAUUAAAUUGUACAUUUGCAGAUAUCAAUUCUAUCUUCAAAUAAAACGAGACCUUUUGACUGGAAGGUAAUUGAUGAUCAUCUAACUCUUAGAUAAAUGUACUACUCUUUUCUCAUGAAGGAUUUCUGAUUUACUCUGACACAUAACUUGCUUGUUUGUGGGUACAAGACCUUUAACCCUUUACACCCUAACAAUUUAGCAUGCAUUUUCUCUAUACUAUCCUUUCUCCAUUCCUUAUGGUAUUAACAAGGGAGAAUUUGUCUACCAAUCAAGAGCCACUUAAGUUUGUGAUCAUUUUCUUUAUUCUUGUGACCUAAAUGUUGGAUUUAGGGGUGAUAUUGUAAGGAGAAAUUUAUUACUGAUCACACUGAGAGGCUAAAGGGUUAAUAGAUGAAGUAUUUCCUUUUUGCAGAUUGCCAUGUUUGUACGACACUGCAGCAGAAUUAGCUUCCUAUGUACUUCAAGGUGAACUAAGUUUUUCCUUUUAACUUGAAUUUUGUCAUCAACUGGUUAUGACAAUAAAAAUAUGUGAAAAUGAAUGAUGCUUUCUUCAGGAUGUGUAAACUAGCUUUUCUGAACAGGUUAUGAAUUCUGCUCCAAGAAAUUUCUUUUUGUUCUUCGUUGCCACUAAUUAAUAAAUUGCGGUCUUAUGCUGAAAAUACAGUAACAGCAACAUCUUCUGAAGUUGAUACAUUCAAGGUAGAUAUUCUCCUAAAACAUUCACAAUGUGCAUGUUCAAUUCCAAACUAACUUAUGCUUACGCAGUAUUCUUACUUAUUGACUGGUCAAUAUUUCAGGUGAACUUGGUGAUUAUGACCCCAGGGCAAUGCAUGAAGCAUACGUGUCUGAAUUCCGUUUUGUACCCGAUCAGGUCUGUGAAGUGUUCUCCCUUCCUAAUGCUGUACUGACUUUGUAAUCAAGCUGUUUUGGUAGUAAACAUUGGGACAUGUGAUGUUGUUCUUUUUCCUGUUUGGCUGCAGUAAUAACUUGGAUUUUGGUAUUUGUGAUAUGCUGGUGACAUUUCUGAAAAAAAAAAAAAAACAUAACAUUUGUGUUUACAGUUAUGCAUGGGAAUGAAAGUGUACAAUGUUAACUUAGACAUACAGUGUACUCAUAUACAGAAUAUUGUAAAUUUAAGAUAUUGUAAUUGAAAAAUGCAAAUAUUUCUUGAUGGCAUGUGUUAAACAUGGCUUAUUUUUUCUCUUUCCAGUCAGAGGAUUUUGAAGAGAGGGCAGCAGAAUUUCACAAACAUCAUGGGUAAUAAAUUUGAGGAUUGAUGAUGGCUUAUUUUUUUCUGUCAGUAUACUUGAGAUUCCAUGUACUCAACUUGAAUCUUAAAGUAAUGAAUCUUUUUCAGUGGCCAAAGUCCAGCAGAUGCAGAAUUCAAUUUUCUUGAGGUGGCCAAAAAUUUGGAUCUCUAUGGAGUAGACCUUCAUUUUGCUAAGGUAUGGGAGACAAUCUGCUUCUAAAUUCUUUGCUCCUAUGUGCAUGUGCUGUGGUCAGAAGUUCCCAUUUGUUUACUAUUGUUGUUGUGUGUGUUUUAGUAAUGAAAACAUACAACCACUGAAUGGCCAGUUUGUUUCACUAGUUUUGUAAUAGUUUGGAUUAAUUGGUGACAGGACUUUGUGUUGUUCAGUUCUGUCUGUAAUCACAUGAAUGAUUAGCAAAAUUGAACUCCCACCUUGCAUUCAUUAGAUUUUGUUAAUCAUUUGUAUGAUUACAGAUUGAAUUGGACUCCACUCAAUCUUAUUAUCAACACUAAUAUUGUUAGAGUUUUUGAGUGAAAUGUAAUGUAUGGUCCAUACUAAUUCUGACAAGAAUAACUGUGUUGAUGUUAAGGUUCUUUCUUCUUUCUUUGUAGGAUCAUGAUGGCCUUGAUCUUCACAUUGGAAUUUCUCCUCUUGGUUUGACUGUCUACCACAACAGAUGUAAAAUUAAUUUCUUCCCAUGGUAUGUAGAGAUGAGAUUGUAGAACAUCAAGGCUGAUAUACCAUUGUUUUGAUAAUAGCCAGUUACAAGGGGUCUGCUGCUGCCUGUAAGACCUCUUACCACCGUCUAUUUAGGCUGGGAACAGGUUCACUUUUUUGGGUGUCGCCUUACUCCUUCCUUUUGAGCACAGUUGCCCAUCACACCUGUGGAAGCCACUUAUGGAAAAAAUUAUGAAGCCUCUGGAUGUAUUGUACAUGUAAGAUUCCUAGUAGCUAGUGUAGGAUUGAUCAUUUUACAUGUAACCCAGAAUCACAUCAGUAAUUCUAUCGCAGUCUGGUCAGAAAUUGACAGCUUCUAGCCCUCUUGUGUCUAUAUAUGUACAGCCCCAAAAUUUUCUCUGGUGUAAAGAUUACAAGAUAAAAAGUAUUCAGACUGAAUUGUUUCCAAAAGAUCUUCCUCUUGGUUUAAAAAUUUCCUGAAAAAUGUCCUACAGGGUUUAUACUAACACAAUUUGACAUUUGAACAUUUUGUUAAAAUUGCCCUUUUAGUUCUCUUUUUAAAUGUUCAGAAGCUGAAAAACUUUGUGAUUUGUUUUACUUGCAGGUCAAAGAUUGUAAAAGUUUGUUUUAAAAGGAAAAGAUUCUUUGUUCAGAUACGGCCAGAUUGGGUAAGAGUUUUAUUUUUUACAAAUGUUGGAUUACAAGCAUCCCUGUUUGGGAUUUCUCUCCUGAUCUACACUUUUAAGAUACAUCACAAUUUUGGACGGGAUUGUUAUUUUUAACAUGCUUAGUUUUGUUUUCAUUUUUGUUUUCAGAAUGAAUGGACUGAUAAUGUCAUUGGUUUUCACAUGCCAACCUACAGAGCAUGCAAAACACUUUGGAAAACCUGUGUUGAAUAUCACACUUUUUAUAGGUCAGUUUUUACUCUGCCUGCGUGCUAGAUGUGCGUGAUUGAGAUCAGCACGCGCGAGCGAGAAUUCACGCGCGCGCGAUGAUUAAAGGGGCUUUUUCUCUUGUUUAUUACACGCGUGUGUAGUACACUUAUGUAAUGCUCAUGACAACCCCGCGAACAAGAGCAUAUUGGGCGCUAGUUUUAGCAAGACUGCAUUGUGAAACCAUUCAGCAAUUUUCACUUGAGUGCUUGAUUUAAUUUAACAUUAUUUUUUUUUUCUUUUCCUUUAUAGAACUCAUUUUCCAAAACCAACGAACAACAAAGGCUCGCUUGUGAGGAUCGGCUCGAAGUACAGAUACAGGUAAUGUCUGCGCGCUGCAACACCGUGCAAAGAUAUUUUGUACCAUGGUGCAUUUGCGGAAAAUUAUUAUAUUGUAAUUUCCUUGGUUCACUUCGCUGCAGGGGGAAAACAGAAUAUCAGGCGAUAGAAGAAGGUAGAAGACAGCCAAGAACUGAACCUAAGAUUGUGAGGUAUUUAAAUUGUUUUUGUAAUGUAGGUCGUUUUUGCGUUUUAUUCAUUGAGGGAAAUAUUUUCUAGUUUUAAUAUUCUUUGUGAGUGAAUUUAUGUUUAAAUUAUUACACUGUUUUUUUCUAGGACUCUCAGCAGAAGGUAUUCCAAAAGGAAUGAUGACGGUUAGUUGCACUAGGAAUCUGGUUAACUCAACUUAAGUUUUCGAGUUUCUAUACAUGUUUUUAAGUCUUGAUUUUCGUAAUUCUGUCCAGGUUCUCGGCGGAGAAUAGACCUUGAUCACGUGUUUGACAAAGAUGACAUGGUAUUCAACGACAAGUCUGCUGGUCUGAAUUAUUCGUCAUCUGUCCCGUCAAAUUUUGACAAGUGAGUGAGCGAGUGAUCUGUUUUUUCCAUAUUUAGUGGGUCCUGUUACAUUCACACAGUUCCGGGCGAAUUUUCUAACUAUUGAAAAAAUUGAGCGGGCGUUUCAGUCACAAGGAUUUUCAAUCUUUGCGUGUGCUUACUCAUGCGCGAAUCUCCGGCCGCCAAUACGCGGGCUCAUCUUUUUAUCGCGGGCAUCAUUGAGAUAACCAGCAAAGCCUAUGACUUCUUAACAUGAUAAAUUGUUUAAUUUUUCGUUUCUAGAAUGAACAACUCUUUAGUUCGAAGCAAGAGCCUUGGAAUGGCGGACGCCGAGGGACAUAUGAAUCGACUAAAACCUGCUCUAACGCCAGAAUUACAUGUAAGAAGGUUUAUAGUUAACAUAGUCUCCAUCGCAGCCGUUAGUUGGGGGUCACGCAACUCUUCUUGAGGCAGGAGCUGUAAUAGGGCGGGGUAGGGGAUUGAGGAUGUUGCGUGACAUUUCAGAAAACAGUUAAAAAAACUAUGGUGAGGUCCGUCAAUGCGCGUUGCUUCUUAGCCUUCUUGCUUUUCUACAGCAUGCGGGCAGCGUGCAUACUGUUCUGUUUACUACCUGAGUUUCCUUGCUCUCUCUUCUCCGUAUCUUUCUCCUUCGCUCAGCGUAAAAGUGUUUCCUCUAACGACUCUUGUGGUUCUGAUAUGGAAGACGAGGCAGCUGGGUGCAGUUCUCGUCCGGUAUGUAUGAGAAACAAAAUGAAAACAGUAAAAGUAACUAUCUGGAAUCUUGAUCAGGACUAUGCUACUUUAAACGCGAACUUCUCAUUUGUUGUGUUUCUUCACUUUCCUCUUUCCACAGCAUUCAUUUCACUUCUAGAGUGUUUCUUCUCUGUUUCUACUUCAAAUCUGCUUAAUAUGCAAUAUUUGUGUUCACUGAACCAUGUCCAGUAGUGGCAGCUAUGGAUGUUCAAAGUUUGAAAAUUGAAUUCCAUGUAGAUUUUCUCAUUUCCCCAUUACUUUGUUUCUUUAUCAGAGUACAGUCAAGUUGUUUUUGUCUUUGCGUAUGGAUCAGACGAGAGAGACGGAAACGAAAGCCUUCUUUGUUUCUUCCUAUUUGUUUUUCCCUUGGAAACUUUACACGAAAAUCCUUCUGUGCGGAAAUGUUUAUGAUAUGCUUCUAAGCAUUCUUAUCGUCUUUAAAAUGACGUUCGUAUUUCAUGCCACUGCACAUUUGCCUUGCUUUAAGCGCUUAAAUUGUCUUUUCCUUCACUCACAAUCCAACUAUAUCCUCUUGAAAUUUUUAUCAUCCUCCGCCCUGUUUUAUUUAUUUGUACAUGUGUAGAUUCUCUCCUUGCAUACAGAUUAUUAUUUUUUACAAACGCUCUUUCUUUUGGGAGGAAAUUUUUGUAUAUCAUUCGUAAACCCAGAAAUAGCAGCUACAUAUGUGAAUAUGUAAAUUUCCUCUGGUCCAAAAAUAAGUAUUCUAUCAUGAUUUUAGCGUGCUGAGCCCAUAUUUUUAUUUUGUAUCUUUUAAUUUGAUUCUAAAUCUAUUUACUUCUGCUAUUUUUUCGCAGAGAAAUGGUUCUGCUAAUCAAGAAGGUCUUAUUACUGUAAGGUAAAGAAGACAUGUUUUAUUUGGCUGCGUGCGGAAAAAUACUGAUAUAUUUGCUCGAUUUAUUUGUUUGAUUUAUCUCCUUUUUAAUCAAAUGUUAAUAAAAGAGUUUUUACCUAGCUGCCUGUCUGUAAUAUGAACUGGUGAAGAAGGCAUUGUUAGAGACUCCUGUGCAUCCAAAUCUUUCUUUUUCAGUCUUGUGAAGGUUUUGAGAGACAGAUUAACCUGGCAUAUAUGUCAGUAAUUAUCGAUGGUUCUUUUUCUUUCAGAAUGGAACCGGAUGAACAAGGACGAUUCGGAUUUAACGUUCAGGUAAGUUAUUACCUUCUCGUGUUAACAGUUUUACGCAGACAAAUUUUUUCAUUGUGAUUUUUCUCUUUCGUAGGGUGGAGCUGAUAUCGAUUUACCAGUGAUUGUGUCCAAGAUCGCACGAGGAAUGCCGGUGAGUUUGAAGGCUUUCAUUCGUUCUGUUGUACAGGUAAUUAAUUGUAUUUAUUACAUUACUGUUCCCAGCGGAAUGCAUAUUCAUUUGACACACACACUUAAGAUCACGCUGGACUGUAUUUUUAACUGGGGAAGGCUCGUGCUAAAUGUUAACUGGCUUCGUUCCCAUGCUGUUAGUUACCAGUCCACCAGAGCGAACCCCAUCAUGAAGUCGUGUUUGGGAUCAAAUUAAUCAAGUUCAGCAUUUUGCCAGGUUUCAGUGCUGUCAUAUGAAGUUUUUUAUAUCGCGGCUUUUUGUUUUUAGGCGGAUAUGUGCAUGCCGCAGCUACAGGAAGGAGAUGAGAUUGUCCACAUAAAUGGGAGAAUUGUCAAGGAAAUGCCACAUCAAGAAGUACGAAACCUUUCAUUACUGAUCAGUCUACUGAGUCUGGCUUUUAUCUUUGCAAUUAUACUGUGCUUUUUUUCUCCAAUCCGUCUUUCAUAAAACCAGAGUAACUGCAGCAGCGUACUCAAAGCGCGGGAAAACAUGAAUAGUGAUGGUUUCAGGUAGUUCUAUCUGCUUUGUUCAGAGAGUGACGCAAAAUUUAUGGACCAAUUUGGCGGGGUCACAACUGUCAUGCUUUGAAAGCCUUGAAAACUACACUCCCAAAAGGAUCGAGCAAUUCAAACUAUUUUUUUAUCAUCUUGAUGAAUAAACUGAGGCCAAACGCGUGCAGAUGAUGUCUGAAGACUUAAAUAACAAUAAUAAUAAUUAUAAUGAUAAUAAUAAAAUACCUGUUUACAUUUUUAUUUUGGUUUGGUUUUAGAUUGUGGAUCUCAUAAGAACAAUCAGCAAAUCAAACCGACGACUACUGAUAAUGACGAUAAGACCAUUCGGUAAGAAUAUUUUGUGUUUUCCUCUGUAUUUAUUAUGUCACAACAGGUCAAGCCUAUCAAGUCGUGUAACCCAUCGUUGCUGUAGCUUGUUUGGGUUUCUGUAGCUUAAACGACAAGAAGAAUGAAGACUGUAACGUGAACUUUUUCCGUUUACUAAAGGUAAAUUAAUUCCAUUCCGUUCCAGUUUUCACGAAUUCUGCCCUCUCGCCCGUGCAUGCGGUGAGUCCGGAGCAGUUUGCCGCGGCUGAACAGAGACACGAACAAGAAAAAGUUGUAGCCAAACAAGUAAAGGACAAAGGGGUGGUGAAGGACACCGAAGCUCUUCGUGUUUCUAUGGAUCAACUCCGAGAGGUAAUAUAUGCUUCAAGCCGGGAGGUAGAAGACUUAUGAUACACUCUCCAGCCAACCAGAACAAAGGAAAGUUCAGAGAGUUAAAAUAUGUUGCGUUCGUCGCGACUUUUUUUUUAAUUGUGGUAACGUCCUUGUCACAAAUUAUGUGCCGCUACAAGCUGUCGGUGAUUAUGUCCUUCACAGCUACCUCGCGUGUGGGCAAGCCGUCGGGUUCGUGCCGAAGAGCUAAUAUUGAGGGCUUGGCUUGCAGGCAAUAGCUACCUGCAUAUUUCUGCGGCCAUGUUGUACCGUGCACCUCUGUUUUUCUACAGUUAUGUCACCUUUUAUUAAUAGAAAAUGUGAUGCUUUGGUUGUCAAGUGGUAAUACACCUGUGUGCUGAUACAUAUAUUUUACUGAUUGUUUCCUAGAAUCUCGAAAGCGGUGAUCUGCUCGUGUACUUUCAGGUGAGCAGCGGUAUACCGGCCUUUUUUUACCGGCUCCAUUGAACCAAGUCUAUCCCUGCUUUUGAGCAACUUGAAGUAUCCUAACUCUUCUCAGACGAGGUUUUAGUGCUUGGCAUGUGGAAUACUACACAACUAAUGUGUAAUAUUUAACUGUCUUUUAUUGUAGGAAUUGUACAGAAAAAAGCCUGGAAUGUCUAUGGAAGAAGCGAGAAAGCCCGAAAACCUUCCACGCAACAGAUACAGAGAUAUUUUACCUUGUGAGAACUUGAGUUUAUCUACCGUUCUUCUUUUUUUUAUUUUGUUAAUGGGCCCCUUUUUGUGUAGUGUUUUGGCAAUGAAAAAGUUUCAAAUUGUGUUUGAACUCUUUACAUGCACAGACGAUGAUACGCGAUGCAAACUUUACAAAGGAAAGAAUGACUAUAUCAACGCUAACUACGUCACGGUGAGUAUCACACGUGAACACGUGACCACAGCCAAUGAGGAAAUAAAGUUGUUGCAGUUCUGUUGGUUGGCUAAACAGCCUUUUCUAUAAUUACCUUUCAGAUGGAAAUUCCUGCGAGAGGAUUACUUAACAGAUACAUAGCUGCUCAAGGUCCACUGGAGAAGACGUGCGGGGAUUUCUGGCAGGUAAUGUGUAAAUACAUUGUCACUGAAUUAGCUUGAUGAUUAUGUUGUCGCUUUUUAACAGUGUUAUCUGUUCUAUGAAUUACAGAUGGUGUGGGAGCAAGAGGCAUCUCUUAUUAUUAUGCUGACUACCACAGUAGAGAGAGGAAGGGUAGGGUUAUAGGCUCUCUAAUUAUCGACUACAUCAGACUGUAUAAAAUCGAAGAGAAAAAUCUUAUCUUCGGUAGAUUUUGUAGAUCAUUACUCUCUCGCGAGUUUCAUGAAUGCGAUAGAUUCUGGAUGUAUACCAGUUUACCUGGAUAGGUGGCUGAUUCUUCGGGAACCUUAAUGCGGUAAACCCUCCAGUGAGACCACCUCCCUUCCCCUCCCUUGGAGCUCAAAAAAUAUCCUCAUAAUGGGUGUCUGGAGUCGCUUAUGAGAUGUUAGAAUGUAGGGUUUUCUGUGGCAGGGAUCACGUCUUAGUACUCGCUUUAAGAGGUGACUUAGGCCUUCCGGCCUACAAACUGGCUUCCUUUUGGGGCUGUUGAAUUAAAUUAUUUUUGUAUUUUCCCCUUUUUGAAUUUUUUUCCCAUUUUGAAUUUAUAACAGCGAUGUUGAAUUCACUUCUUUUUGUAUUUUCCCAGGUGAAGUGUCACCAAUAUUGGCCGGAAGGAGAGGAAACUCUUACCUUUGGAGAUCUAGAAAUAGUCUGCACAAAAAUCCGCGACUUCUCACCGUCGUAUAUUUACAGAGAAAUGUAUGUCACCGAAACGAAGGUAAGUUGGCUUCGAAAAAUACUGCACCGGUAAUUGGUACCGUCCUCAUGACGAGCGGGGCCUUUGGCUUUUUUCGGACGCACUCGAAUUGCGGCGGAAAAAAAACCUACUUCUCCGAACGCGUCUUACGAAGUGUGUUUGGUUGACAUUUUGUGGCCUAAAAUAAGUUUUUCACUGUGUUGCCUUAGUGUUUUGGGAAAAUCAUUAACAUGAUGCUCAAAAUAAGUUGUUCGGUUUUUUCUCUGAAAAUUGAUUCCUGUUCUUUCUAUUUAUAGAGUCUUCGAAGCCGUGUUGUUGUUCAGCUACAAUAUAUUGCCUGGCCGGACCAUGGUAGGUAACACUAAUAUACGACCACCUCACCCCUCGCUAACGAAAACUUUUGCUUAAUCUUUUGAAGACUUUUGUAGAAUUAAAACCCAUUUGGAUUAACUGUCUUUGACGAAGACAUUUCUGAUUUCAUAGCAAAGAUAAACUGGUUUUUAUUUGUAAGAGGUUGUUAUUCAUAGCUUCAGAAGAUAUUAGUACGAAAUGCCACAAGUUCUUUGAGUCUUAAAUUUCUACGGUUUUCGAAAGGUCAACACAGAUAACAGUCAGUUUCGAAAAAUAUAAUAUCGGUUUGCAAUUAGUAAAAUACGGUUCUGAGCCUUAUCUGAAAUUAAUCCAACAUCUGUCAUUUAAAGAGAUUACACAUCCAAAAUAUUCGUGAAAGGUAAACAACCUAGUGCCGUUUGUGUGUCAGUAAUCACAAUCCAGCUUGAGGAAAUCUCUACAUCGGAAAAUUUUAAAAUUCUCUUAUUCAAGUGAAAUGUAGUGUUAGUAGAAUAUUUGAUUUCAAAAAUAAAUUUGAAACGAUUGGCGAGACCUCCUGUAGACCUUUGAAAGGCCUUUUCUCGAGUAUACUGAGACAUCGCCAUUGUUUUAGGUCAGUUUACUGUUCAUUUGAUCCGCUGUAUUCGUCGUAAUUUUACGCGAAGCUCUAGCUUGUUUGUGAAGAAAACUUUCCGCCAACCAUGUUGCUUGGCCAAGGUCUUGACUUCAUCUGUCACACUGUCGCAGUAAGCUAGAUAGAUCUUUUCCCAGAGCUGGUCGCUUGCACAUAUCUUUCUUGUAAACUUGCAAACAGCUCCUAAAUGAACUAUGUCGAUGAGGUCAAGAUACGAAGCAAUAUUAACAAUUACGCGAGGCGGUAAGCGAAUUAGCCAGUCUCCGCAGACGAUAGCAUGGACGUGCCGAAGUGUUUCCUCACCGAAUACACGGCUUAUAUCGCCUUGUAGAAGUGCAUCGUCGUCAAAAUCUUCCCAAGGAACUUUCUUUUGGUUUGGCGGUAACCCUCUUUGAUCUCUCCGGAUCGCAAUUCUCCAUGUUCGCCAUAUUACUUCUUCUUCAUUCACGACGAGUUGAUGAAAAUCUUUGCUCGGCGGAGGCGCCUGCCCGACCUUUUCUAUGAAAACUUUAACUGUGCCCAUUGUUAGUCACCUUAAAGCUGGUUUUGACCUGAAUUUUUUCAAACCUAAGUUAUAUUUCGCUUUAAAAUAUGAAAUGUUUUAAGAAGGUGAAACCAGCUUACAUUACAAAAUGCGCUCCAGUGGCGAUGAAACAGUGAUGAAAUUGCGCGGGAAAUCUCAACCAAUUAGAAGCUCUCCUUGUGUUGCGUGUGGAAAUCCUUCAGUCCCUGUUUCAAAGAAAGAAAUUUUAAACAUCGUUGGAAAAUGUUACUGGUUUUAUGUCGCUUUGUUCUGUUUCUUUAUUCAAACAAUAGCUAAAGCAUUGAAACCUGGCUUACAAUGGUUUUGUUUGGAAAGGAAUAUUUAGCAGUAGGCCACCUGGUCAAACAUUUCGACACUUUUCCCUGAGUUUUCCAAAAUCUAUCUGAUUCUACGCUACUUGUAGCCAAAAGUUGUUAAAAAAAAAUCACUGGAUGGUUUACCGCUAUUAUCAGGACCGAUGAGAUGUAAUUUUGAGUUGGAAGUCAGAUUUAUUUUCCAUCAACUAUAACGUCUACUCAUUUAUCUAUUUUGGAAACGAAAUUUCCUUUUGCUGACAAAUUAAAAUUUUCGGUAAAUUUGUGACACUGUUUGUUAAUCAAUUUUCAAGGCUUCUUUAAAUUUUUUUUUAGGAAGCUUCCCCUCAAAGUUCUUAGUUUGAGUGUUUAUUUGUAUACCUUGAAUUUAUGUAGCUUAUCAUUAAUGAUAUUGUAUCCAAAAGAAACGUCUUCAAAGGUUUAUAAUUAAUCUAACUUUAAUUUUAUACUGUUUUUGUGUUCGUUUGUAGAUGUUCCGGACGAUUCAACAGAUUUUCUGGAGUUUAUUCACAUUGUUCGUCAUUACCGGGAAGGAACAAACACUCCGACUGUGUUACAUUGCAGGUAAGCAAACAACUUACACAAAAUGUCAAAAUAAAGCUGAAGAAACUGAGUAUUUCUCUCAAAAGGAAUCGCUUUGAUAUAGUUUGAUUUUGAAGCUUACGAUUUCUGCGGCAAAAGACUGAAAAAAAUAUAAUUAUGCACUCAAAUCUGAGCAUCAUUUCACCAUCUGCUGAAAUCUAAGAGAUUCUAUUUCUCCAUCAAAAAUUUGAGAGAUGGUGUUAGCGAGUGUAAUCUCACAGCUGAAUCUAAGCAUCUUCACGUUAACCAAGUUGGCGUGACAUUUAGGCUAACUGUCACAUCACUUCAUGUUUUGUGUGAGUGAAGUACCUUUUUUUUCUUCUCCCUUUUAAGUGCGGGUGUUGGUCGAACAGGUGUUCUUAUCUUUAUGGAGUCAGCAUUCAACAUGAUUGAAAGUGCAGAGCCCAUUUAUCCAUUAGAAAUCGUUCGAAAGAUGAGGGAUCAAAGAUGUUCACUCAUACAAACUCCGGUAAGUUGAGAUUGCGUGACAGUAUUGAAAAGUUUUCAUCAUUACAGGGCCACUGAACCAAAAUUAACCAAUCGCAUCAUAGCAAACGAACAAUUUUACCGAAUAAAUUCAGUUGAGCCAAUCUGUGCCAAGGACCAAAGCAAGCAUACAUAGCGUCGAAUUUCGAUGUAACUUUUCGCUCGUUUCUAGUUACCUGAUUGGUCAGGUUUGUGCAAGUGCUGCAGGUAACAGUGUUUGGACUGUAACAACAGCAUUUUGAUUGCGGGUCGUUCUGAAUCUUCGUUGUUUACUAAUUCAUAGUCCUGUCCCUUGUUUUUCUUUAGGGACAAUUUAUUUUUGUCCUGGAGGCACUGCUAAAAGCUUACGACGGUGAGUGUUACUUCUGA